UUUAGAUUUCGAAAAGAACUCCUAAAGUGAGGCCGUUAGCGCUCCGAAACAAACCGAAUUUAUUUUAAAAAAAAGUAGCAUGUUUCGCUUCGUUACUAUCGCAGUGUUGUUCGCUGCGGCGACUUCUGAAGUCAUAUUUGAGGGGCCAUGUCCCGAUAUCAAGACGGUUGACAAUUUUGAAUUUGAAGCUUACGGAGGAACAUGGUACGAAAUGGCGAAGUACCCUAACGCAGGGGAAGAAAACACAAAGGGCAAAUGCACAAUCGCUGAAUACACAGUAAACGGUGACAAGGGCAAGGUUAAGAACUCGCACGUCAUUGAUGCGGUCCGACACUACAUCUCUGGUGAUCUGACACUCGUCGCUCCUGGCAAGAUUAUGCUUACUUACACAUUUGGAGGUCAAUCCAAAAACUCUUACCUGAACAUCUUGGAUACGGACUACAAGAGCUACUCUAUCGGAUACAGCUGCAAAUACUUCAAGGAUGGUAACAAACAUCAAGUCUUCGCAUGGAUCAAGUCAAGGAGCAAGAAACUUGAUUGCGAAGCCAAAUACAAGAUCGACAACUUUUUAAGGACCUCCAAAGUAUUGGAUUCCGCCAAAUUCGUUGUAAACGAACACACUGACGCCGCUUGUUCGGCACCCACCACCAAAACCAUCACUGAGUUCCUUAAGUGAAUAGACAUAUAGUUAAGUAGAUAAAAUAGGUACAUAUUGUCAAUAAAAAACUUUAAAAUGCAAUAAAUUCAAUUGUUCCAUUAACAGUAAAUUACAGAUUAAUAAAAAUAAUAUAACACAA